CACAGCUUGUGAGUGGGGAUUGGUUACACAGUCUCCGACAGAAGUUACCUGUUGACUUUAAACAGUACAGCGACUAAAUAAACCAGCCCUGUCCGCAGAGAUUAGAUCACGGAGCUUUUACCAUGCAGUCACUGUGCAGAGACUGACAAACACAUCACCUGGCUCAGGUGUUGUGAAGUGAAAAGCAAGUGGUGAAGAGGACCGCUGCCUGGGCCAAUGAGGGAACCAGACCAUCUCAUUCUCGCUGCCACACAUCGACACUGAUCAGAGUGACUCCCCUCCCAACAGCCUGUGGCAAGGCGUGAAAGCUACCGUCCGAUUGGUCACCUUUCCUCCCUGAGGGGUGCAGCAGUCUGGGGUGGUGCCUGAGCUCAGAAUGAGCAAAGUUCAGCAGUUUGGGCUGCUCCUCUGGAAGAACUACCUGUUGCAGAAACGUCAAGUGUUGGUCACCAUUACUGAAAUAAGCCUGCCACUUUUAUUCACUACAAUCCUUAUCAUUCUAAGACAACGAGUCAACUCUGUCCAAUAUACCAAUGCAACAAUAUACCAGCCCUUUAAAAUUAAUGAUAUCCCAUAUUUUCCCCAACAUCCUUUUGCCAAAUGGUAUUUGGUUUAUAUUCCCUCCAAUGUGACAGCAGUGGAGACAAUCGCCAAUUCAGUGAGAGACAGCCUGAGCAGGGUGGUUGGAGUCCUGGGUUUCCAGAAAGAAGCUCAGUUUGAAGAAUUCAUAAAAUCUGGAGGUGGGAUGGCCCAGACGGUAUUGGCAGCUCUAGUGUUUGACCAUGACUUUAAACAUCAUGACGAACGCUUACCACUACAGGUGAAGUACCAUCUCAGAUUUAAAUACAGUCCUUGGAAUGCACCCCUUGAUCAAUCCAACUCUUUCAAUCCCAACAAUGAUCGGAAUUGGAAGACGGAGUCCCUGUUCCCAUUGUUCCAGCUGCCUGGACCACGGGAGCAGUACUUCAAGGACGGGGGUAGUCCAGGCUAUUACCGCGAGGGAUUCUUGGCCACACAGUUUGCGACGGACAAAGCCAUCAUCAAGUACCACGCCAGCGCGGAGAAAGCCAGUUUGCUGAGCUCUCUGUCGAUGGAGAUGCUGCGGUUCCCGUUUCCCCCCUACAACGACGAUGUCUUCAUCCUGGCCAUCCAGACCCAGCUCUCGCUGCUGGUCAUGUUGAGCUUCACCUACACCACGCUCAACGUCACCAAAGCCAUUGUGCUGGAGAAAGAGACCAAGCAGAAGGAAUACAUGAAGAUGAUGGGACUGAAUAACUGGCUUCACUGGCUGGCCUGGUUCCUCAAGUUCUACCUUUUCCUCGUUAGUUCAGUUUUACUCAUGACUCUUCUGCUCUGUAUAAAGCUGCUGAAUCACAGAGCGGUCCUGCAGAACAGUGACCCCACGUUGAUAUUCUUCUUUCUGCUGCUCUUUGCCGUAUCAACAAUUUCAUACAGCUUCAUGAUCAGCGUGUUCUUCUCCAAAGCCAACGUAGGUGCAGCGGUCAGUGGAUUCCUGUACUUCCUAAUGUACAUCCCCUACUUUUUCAUCAUCCCACGUUAUCCCGCUAUGACCUUCCCCCAGAAAAUAGCGUCGUGCUUAUUAUCCAAUGUUGCAAUGGCAAUGGGCUGUCAGCUAAUUGGCAUGUUCGAAGGCAAAGGUCCAGGUAUUCAAUGGUCAACCAUUAACCAACCGGUCACCGUGGAUGACAAUUUCACCAUGUUUGAUGUGAUUGGCAUGCUGAUAUUUGAUUCUUUGUUGUAUGGCCUGAUCACCUGGUAUGUGGAGGCAGUGUUCCCAGGGGAGUACGGAAUACCCGAGGUCUGGUACUUUUUCAUCUUGCCCUCGUACUGGCUCAAGACACCGAGAACCAUGUACGUCAAAGUCAGCCAUCAGGAGGAGGAGGUGCCUGAGACGACCCAGAACAACGAGUACAUUGAGGACGACCAGUCUGAUCUUGAGGCUGGGAUCAAAAUCAAAGCCUUAAGCAAGGUAUUCUACACUGGAAACCACAUGAAGAUAGCAGUUUCCGGUCUGACUGUGAACCUGUACAAAGGACAGAUCUCGGUGUUGCUGGGCCACAACGGAGCAGGGAAGACCACCACCCUGUCCAUGCUGACAGGACUUUUUCCUCCUACAAGUGGCACUGCCCACAUUAACGGGUUCAAUAUCUGCAAGGACAUGGCACUCGUACGCCAGAGCCUUGGACUAUGCCCACAGAAUGAUGUCCUGUUCGACAACCUGACAGUGGAAGAACACCUGUCAUUCUUUUGCAGGUUGAAAGGCUACAACAUAGAGAAUGUCCGUGAAGCGGUGAACAAGAUGCUAAUGAUGCUGAACUUUGAGGAGAAGCGGCAUGCCGAAGCCAAGACUCUAUCCGGUGGGAUGAAACGCAAGCUCUCCAUUGGAAUUGCUCUCAUUGGAGAUUCUCAGGUGGUCAUGUUGGACGAGCCCACGUCCGGCAUGGACCCGCUGUCUCGCAGAGCUACCUGGGACCUUCUGCAGCAGGUGAAGGUAGGCCGCACAAUUGUUCUCACCACUCACUACAUGGACGAAGCUGACCUGUUGGGGGACCGCAUCCUGAUCAUGGCCAAGGGGCAGCUGCAGUGCUGUGGAUCUCCUCUCUUCCUCAAGAGCAUCUAUGGAGCUGGAUACCACAUGGUGAUUGUCAAGGAGCCCUACUGCAACGUCGACACCAUCACCAGUCUCGUCAAGAGCUUUGUCCCCGGCGCUACCCAGCAGACCAACGUGGGUGCCGAGCUCUCCUACAUCCUCCCAAAUGAAAGCACUCACAGGUUCGAAGCUCUCUUUUCCGAACUGGAGAAGAAACGGGAGUCUCUGGGGAUUGCCAGUUACGGAGCCUCUGUCACUACCAUGGAGGAGGUGUUCCUGAGGGUGGGGAAGCUGGUGGACUCCAGCAUGGACAUUCAGGCCAUCCAGCUGCCACCCCUGCAGUACCAGCACGAGCGCAGGAUGAGCAACUGGUCAACCAAGGUCAGCGGCAGCCAAAAUGAGCUGAUGGGUAACGCAGAAGGCAACGAGCAAUCACAGCCCAUCGACAUGCCAGCCGUCAUACCAAACACUGGGAUAACACUGUUCUUGCAGCAGUUCCGCGCUAUGUUCAUGAAGCGAGCUUCAUACAGCUGGCGGAACUGGAAGGUGAUCUCGGCCCAGUUUAUGAUCCCGCUGAUCUUUGCUGGCUGUACACUGAUCAUUGCCAAGACUUUUCCAGGACCCCAUGACUCUCCGCGAUUAAACCUGACUCUCAGAAAGUACGGGCCCAGCAUUGUCCCUUAUUCAGUGGACAGCAACUCCGACCUGCCAAAGCAGCUGGCCCAGAUGUACGCAGGGCUGGUGCAUGCACAGCUUGGGAAACCAAAGAACGUCGACGGUGAUCUUAUACAAUAUUUGUUGAAUGCUGCUAAGAAGAAGGGGUUUGCUCUGAAUGAGGACAGUUUGGUCGGUGCGGGUUUUGAAAAGGUCAAAACAGGCAUCAAGAUCCAGGCCUUGUUCAAUAACCUGGGCUUCCACACUCCCGCCACCUCCCUGAUGCUGGUGGACAACGCCUUGUUCAAGCUACUGGUGGGGCCAAAAGCUUCAAUCAGCACGUCCAACUACCCCCAGCCCCGCAACAUCACAGAGGAAGCCCUGGACCAGCUCAAUGAGAACCGAACUGGCUUUGCUCUCUCCUUCAAUCUGAUGUACGGCAUGGCGUUCCUGUCCAGCACCUUUGCUCUGUUGCUGGUGGCAGAGAGAGCCCUGAAGUCCAAGCAAAUGCAGCUGGUGACCGGGUUGCACAUCGCCAGCUACUGGCUGUCGGCAUUCCUCUGGGAUCUCAUCAACUACCUCAUCCCCUGCUUCGUAAUCCUGUUGAUGUUUCAGUUUGCCAACCUGCAGCCGUUCACCUUUGAAGAAAAGCUGGGAGACGUGCUGGUGCUGUUGUUUCUGUACGGCUGGUCCAUCAUCCCCCUCAUGUACUUGAGCCAUUACCUCUUCGCCAUCACCGCCACCGCCUACACUCGCCUUACCAUCGGCAACAUCCUGUCCGGAACCGCCACCUUCGUAGCUGCUACCAUCAUGAGCAUUCCAGACCUUGGUUUGUUAAACCUGUGGAAGGCCAUGGACUCAUUGUUCCUGAUUUUACCCAACUACUGUCUGGGGCACGGCUUGAACGAGUUCUACCAGAACUACCUGCUGAUCGGGGUCUGUACCACCAGCCCAGUGGCUGAAUUUCUCUGUUCAGCGUUCAACAUCACCUACCAAAUGAAUUACUUUUCCUGGGAAAGUCCAGGUAUUGGCCGCGUCAUUGCUGCCCUGGUAAUCCAAGGCUUGGCAUUCCUGACUCUCCUCUUCCUUAUUGAGUUCAAGGUCUUUCGAAUGUUGUCCAAUUUUAUCCAUUAUAUCUUCUGGAGAAAGAAAAUGGCUCUGAUGAUAAACGUCACUAACCCACACGUAGCGGAAGACCAUGAUGUUAUGAUCGAGCGCUUGAAGAUAGAGGAAUCGCUAGCUGCCCAGAUGGACAAGCCACUGGUGUUAAAGGAGCUUUUCAAGAUGUACCCUGGCAAAGAAUCGACGGUUGCCGUAAACAGGAUCAACCUGGCCAUAAACAGAGGCGAGUGCUUUGGAUUGUUGGGGCUGAACGGAGCUGGAAAAACGACCAUCUUCAAAAUCCUCACUGGCGACGUGCAACUGAGUGGGGGAGACGCCUUCAUCGAAGGUCACAGCAUCCUGAACUAUAGGAAAGAGGUCCUGCAGAAGAUCGGCUACUGCCCACAGUUCGAUGCUCUGCUGGAUCACAUGACAGGCAAGGAGACCCUGUACAUGUAUGCACGGAUGCGGGGCAUCCCCGAGCUGCACAUUGCGCAGUGUGUGGAUGACGUGCUACAGAGCCUGCUGCUGGAGCCCUACGCCCGCAGGCUGGUGCGCACCUAUAGCGGAGGCAACAAGCGGAAGCUGAGCACGGGCGUGGCGAUGAUCGGGAACCCGAGCGUCCUCUUCCUGGACGAGCCGUCGACGGGCAUGGACCCGGUGUCGCGCCGGCUACUCUGGGACGCCGUUACCCGCUCGCUCGAGUUCGGCAAGUCUGUCAUCAUCACAUCGCACAGCAUGGAGGAGUGCGAGGCGCUGUGUACACGGCUGGCAGUGAUGGUCAACGGGCAGUUCAAGUGCCUCGGCAGCCCCCAGCACCUGAAGAGCAAGUUCGGCAGCGGUUACACCCUGCUGGUCAAAAUCAAGGGUGACCGGCCCGACCCACAGCCCUUCAAGGACUUCAUCGAGUCGACCUUCGAAGGCAGCAUCAUCAAGGACGAGCAUCAUGGGAUGCUGCACUACCACCUGACCAGCUUGAGCCUCACCUGGGCACAGAUAUUCGGCACCCUCGAGCGAGCGCGGGACCAGUUCAACAUCAAGGAUUACUCCGUCAGCCAGAUAUCUCUGGAGCAAGUCUUCCUCAGCUUUGCCCGGUUCCAGAUCUACACCGACCCGCGGAAGGUUGCCCACUGACGUGCCCCCAGCUCCGGGCCCGACCAGCGGCCUGACCACCAGCUCCAGCUGCCGGCCGAGGAAUCUGGGCAGUGACGAGGGUGGUGGGGGACAGGUGUAUAGAGCAGGAGUUCAAAGCUGAAAAUAUAGAGUAAAGUUAACACGUGCCAUGCAAGGCCCAGUGUGUGCUGGAGUUCUGCUGGGCCAGCAGGGACAGGCUACUCGGCCCCUCGUGUUGGGGAGAUCGCGACUGGUCUUCUAUCUCAGCGUUGCCUCACGUUCUCCCCUGUCCCUCGAUCCCUAAUCUGUGACCUGUAGGGCGGAGAGUUCUGGACAUUCACCCCCUCCCCCUCCCCUGAUGAUGGCCACUUUCAUUCAGAGAUGUGAUCUUUGCUGGGAAACAUUCCUCACAUCCCGCCUGCCCCACCAUUCACAUCUCCCACAUUAAUCUCAGCUCCCAGUCAGUCCCACCUUUCCUCACACCACACCACACCACAGUGCAUCUUCACUGCCCCAAGACCACCCUCUGACAACAAGUCAUCACAGUCUCACCGAGGUCUCCCCAUGGCCGGGUAUUAGUGGCCACAGACGUGUGUGUGUGUGGACAUGUGUAGUGUGUGUGCGCGCAGCAUGCGUGUGUGUGCGUGUGUGGACAUGUGCAGCGUGUGUGUGUGUGGACAUGUGCAGUGUGUGUAUGUGGACAUGUGCAGCGUGCGUGUGUGGACAUGUGCAGCGUGCGUGUGUGGACAUGUGCAGCGUGUGUGUGUGUGUGUGGACAUGUGCAGUGUGUGUGUGUGUGU